GUCCCUAGCUCUUGGUAAAGCAUAUGUUUUUUUUUUUUCUCGAGUAUCAGUAGCGUUGCCUUCGAGAGAUUGCAGACAUCAACCAUGGCGAGGGAAGUGAGCGCAUGCAGAAGUGGGGUCUGCCUGCCACUGACGUAGAUACUGUGCAUUAAGGAUGGCGGUGUUGGCGCUGUCUCUCGCUCUCUUGACCUCGGUCGCGUCUGCAGCAAAGGCCCAGACAUCGACUCAUCACGAGGCUCUUCGAGGCCAUCAGAUAUGGCACCUUUCGGGCGAGGUAGGCACCGUGGCCCUCGAACUCACGCAGAAGGGUUUGCUCGAUAUGCUGGAUCCUUCUCGGGCCUCCGGGAAGGUCCGCGUUCCCUUCCAGUCCCUUGAGGAAGCGCGGAGGAUCCUUCAGGAGAGGGGCGUUGCUCACCAGAUCCUGACGGAGGACCUGGCCACGUUCUUAGAGGACCAGGAGCGUCGUACCAAAGGGUCAACGAAGUCGGAAUCCUGUGAUCCGAACGCGUGCCCGAAGCCCUUCAGUGACAGCUACAUGACGUUCGAACAAAUGGAAUGGUUCCUCAAGCGACUGUGCGAGAGCAGCCCCCGCGCCUCCCUCGCCUCCCUCGGGAAGACGUCCGAGAACAGAGACAUCUGGAUGGUCCGCCUCCGCCCCAAGAUGGACCCCGAGGAGGACCCCGAGGGGGACCCCGAGGAGGACGCAGCCGGCGCCGUCUGGAUCGAGGCAGGUAUACACGCCCGAGAGUGGAUUUCCUCAGCGGUGACUUUGCACCUCCUGGAGAAGCUGCUGCAGGAUACCGGCGACAUCGGCAGCCUCGACGCGUAUGUGGUCCCGAUGGUCAAUCCCGAUGGCUAUGAGUACAGUCGCAUGCACAACCGGUUCUGGCGCAAGAACCGACGCAAGACGUCCACCAGGGCCGACUGUGUGGGCGUCGACCUCAACCGCAACUGGGACUUCCACUACGGCGCGGGCGCUUCGGACAACGAAUGCAGCGAGGUUUUCAUGGGCACCGAGCCCUUCUCAGAGCCAGAGACAAAGGCCCUGCGAGAUGCUAUGACGAGAGUGAAGGACCAGCUAAAGUUGGUCCUGUGCCUCCACAGCUACGGGCAGCGGCUGCUCUACCCGUGGGGCUACUCCAAGAGCGACGUAGCGCCGUACACCGACGAUUUGGUGAGGGAAGGCAAUGCGUUCGUGGAAGCUGCCCAAAGAUCGGACAACACAUCCUACGCCGUGACAAAUGUCGCAGCCGGCCUGUACGUCGCCUCAGGCACCACCGAAGACUGGUCUAAGGGAGUCCUGGGAGUCAAGUACACGUACACGCUUGAACUUAGAGACAAAGGAGAACAUGGGUUCCUCCUUGGUCCGAGUAACAUUCUUCCUUGCAGCGAGGAGGUGUGGGCAGGUCUCCAGGCCCUCUUGAAGAAGAUUAUUUAGACACUGCAAAGGCCUUCUCCCCUGUCCUUUUUUUCAUAUAUCAGAACAGUAGCUCUCUAUUCUCUUCCUCUCUGUCUUUGCUGAGAAAUCCAGAAAUUCCAUGCUGCCCAGGGUUGACGAGAAGGUAAAUGAAACAGAGUGAUAGACUCUUUGCACGUUCGUCUGUUAGAUCGUGAAGACACUGGUAGACACAUUCAGGAUGAUAGAUCCGUGGUUCCUCUUCGAGUUCUACAAUUACCUCUACUGUAAAAUAAUAACUGCAAGGUCUUUUAGACCUGUAGAUUCAGUCAUAACAAGAGUGGAGCUAAAUGAUAACUAGCUGGAGCGCCACAUCACGA